UUUUAGAUAAGAAAAGAAAAAGAAAGGAAAAAGAGGUUUCCUUUGUUUCGGUUUUCAAUCCCUUGUCUCUUCUUUCAUCUCUUGACUCCUGACUCUUGUUGCUCAGUUCAAGGAAUGUCAGAGUCUAUUCUAGAGGCAAUCGUUAAACAUGUUGUGGGCGGCUUUUCUUCGCAGAUUAGGAUGCUCCGGGAUUUCGAUGAUGCGAUUGAAAAGCUUAGGAACACGAUCUACACAACCCAAGCUCAACUUCUUGAUGCUGAGGAUAAGCACGCCACCACCGGUGAUAUAGCACUCAACCACUGGGUCGAAAAGCUGAAAGAUGCCUUUAACGACGCUGAGGACUUGCUGGACCUUGUCUCCUCUACAGACUUGAUGACCAAAAUGGACAAAGAGGUACGUAUCUUCUUCUCAUGCUCGAAACAGCUCACUUUUCGGCUUAAGAUGGCUCAAAAAGUAAACGCAAUUCUGGAGAGGUUGAAUGAUAUUGAAAUUGAAAGGUUAAUCUUCAAUAUCGAUCUACGUAAACCUCCAGUGAUGAGAUCAGGGGAUAAAGAAGAACUGGUUUUUGGGAGAGAGGAUGAUAAGAAAGCCAUUACAAAGGUUUUGUUGGAUUCUGAAGACAACCUUUCAGUCAUUCCUAUAGUUGGAAUUCGAGGAGUUGGGAAGACCCUUUUGGCUCAAUUGAUAUUUAAAGACAAGAAUGUGGAAAACCAUUUCAACCUACGACUUUGGGUGUGUUUGUCGGUUUCUGAUGUCUUUGAUGUUAAAUUAAUUCUUAAGAAAAUGGUGGAAUAUUUAAGGCAGAUCAGUCUUGAAAAUCCUCCUAUGGAUGAAUUGCAAAGUUUCGUCCGAGAAAAUAUUGCUGGAAAGAGAUAUUUGCUUGUUUUGGAUGGUGUCUGCAAUGAAGAUCAAGGCGAAUGGUUGAGUUUGAAAAAAGAGUUGAUGGGUGGUGACAGAGGAAGUAAGAUUCUGAUAACUACACGGUCAUUGUUAGCUGGAGAAAUAGCAGGCACUACUCCACCCUAUGUUUUAAAAGGCUUGUCGGAAGAGCAAUCAUGGUCUUUAUUGUGUCAUGUUGCCUUUGAAGAAGGCCGAGAGCCAUUGAGACCAGAAGUAUUAGAAUAUGGUAAGGAGAUUGUAAAGAUUUGCAGAGGCCUUCCUUCCAUGAUAAAGCUAAUGGGAAAUGGGUUAUCUGCUAAACGACCAGAUGCUUCAUCAGGGAUCAAGACUAUUGAACCUUUUACGGAAAGUAGUACACACUGUAAUUUUUUACCAGUCCUAAAGCGGAAGGAGUGCUUUGCUUAUUGUUCAUUGUUUCCUGAAGAUUGUAUCAUUGAUAAGAUGACACUUAUAAAACUUUGGAUGGCCCAAGGAUUCAUCCAUUCCUCAAAUGGAAACCAACACAUGGAGGAUGUUGGUGAUGAGUAUUUUAUGAGUUUACUUCGGAAUUCAUUAUUUCUGGAGUUCAAGAAAGAUGAAUGGGGCAAUGUAUUGAGUUGUAGAAUGGAUGAUUUAAUUCGUGAUGCGGCAGUGUUUGUAGCUGGUACUGGAAGCACCAUCAUAGACAUGAAGGCGGAAAUUAUUAAUAAAAGAUCUCGUCAUUUUUUGUUUUGUUCUAGUUUACAUUCAUCACGGGAACUUCUGGACCAAUUGCUUAAAGCCAAGAAAUUGCGGACGUUUCUUUUGCCAACUCAAUAUAAGGGAAGGUUGGAUAAAGCAAUUAUUGAUAAACUUAUUUCAAGAUUUAAGUAUUUGCGUGUGUUAGAUUUGCAUGAUUCGGGGAUUGAAAUGGUUCCACCUUCAAUUGGUAACUUGCUAUUGUUAAGGUAUCUUGAUCUUUCUGGGAACGAAGACAUCAACCUGUUGCCCAUUUCAAUUACAAGGCUACUAAAUCUGCAAACUCUUAAGCUCUCCUCUUGUGUUAACCUUAAAGAAUUGCCUAGAGAUAUUUGGAAGUUGGUCAAUCUUAGACACCUUGAGAUUGGUGGAUGUAAAAGUUUGGCUCAUAUGCCAGACGGACUUGGGCAGUUAACUAGACUUCAAACAUUACCUUUAUUUGUGAUUGGCAAGGGCACUGCCAGCUUGGGGAAGACUGGCGGGCUAAGUGAAUUGAUGGGGUUAAACAACUUGAGAGGAGAGCUAACAAUUUUGAAUUUGGGACAUAUCAAAAUUGAUACUUCAGAAUCUAAUGCUGCCAACUUGGAAAGCAAAGGAUUCCUUCAGGCUGUCAGAUUACAGUGGGAACCAAUAGUAGGUGAUGUUGAUCCGGCCAAUGAUGAAGCACUUCUUGAAACCCUCAGGCCACACCCAAAUGUGGCUCUAUUAGGCAUUGAAGGGUAUAUGGGCUUAAAUUUUCCCAGUUGGAUGAAGGAUGAUAUAUUUUGGUGCCUCCCAAAUCUUGUUGCAAUUAAUAUAAGCAGGUGUUCCAAAUGCCAGCAUCUACCAUCAUUGAGUCAUCUCCAUUGUCUCAAGACUCUAUAUGUUGGAGAAUUAACUUCUCUUGAGGUCAUAGAAGAGAGGGAUCAUGAACCCUCAAGGGGCAAUCUGGUUGGAGGCAGUGGAAGACAACCAGCAUCUUCAGCAGCACCUUUCUCAAGCCUAAAGGAAUUAACGCUCUAUAAAUUGCCUAAUCUGACAGGAUGGAGGAUGAGGAGGGAAGGAGUCGCAGCAAAGAAUCAACAAUUUCCGUUAUUCCUGUCAUUUCCUUGUCUCUCUAAAUUGUCUAUAGAGCAUUGCCCAAACCUGACAUCUAUGCCUCUUUUUCUAAAUCUUGAAGAAGAUUUGAAGCUGACUGAUGUCAGAAGGGAGCUUUUACAACAGCAGUCAAUGAUGGUGAAACAAACAAUAGCAACUUCCUUAACCUCUUCUACUUCGAUUCCUUCUUCUUCAUUCCCCUCCUUUUCAACUUACUCCCCAUUUUCCAAAUUGAAGUCUCUGCAUAUUGCAAGCAUCAAGGAUCUAGACGGCAUGCAAUGGCAAAGCCUCAGGAACCUCCGUUCACUGGUUCUUAUCACUAUUUCAAAUCUGGUGUAUUUACCUGACGAGAUUCAAUAUGUGACCACACUGCAACAUCUUAAGAUUGUAAACUGUUCUAACUUGAUGACCUUACCAGAGUGGAUGGGCAACCUCAUGUCACUUCAGAAGCUUGAAAUAAGCCAAUGCCCCAAUUUAACAUCACUGCCUGAUGAGAUCUAUCACUUACAGAAACUCAUAAUCUCAGACUGUCCCAAAUUAUUGGAAAGAUCCCAUACCGAAACAGGUGUGGAUUGGCCUAAAAUAGCUCACAUCUCAAGUUUGCACAUCACCUGAAUUGUGAGAUAUAAGUAAAGCUUUUGUUGCAUAACUAAGAAUGUGCAGCUUCUCUGAUAAAAAAAAAAAAUUUCUGCUUCUUCUGGCAUGUACAACACAUUUCAGUUUUAUUUGUUCAGAUUCAAAUGAUUUAUGUAAUUAUUUUUUCCUCAUUUUGUCCAAUGAACUCGCCCACAGUGAAAAGAUUUUGAAGAAUUUCUCAGUAAUUUAAGUCAAUUUCAGCAUGGGACAUGGAAAGGUUAAAAGCUGGUUCUUGUUCAAACCUACUGGCACUCCAAUGCAGCAACAGCUUAGUGACAAACAGACUGUAGUCUGAUCUUCAUCAAUAUUGGAGUAGAAUUCUGGAGACGGAUCUUAUCUGGCUACUACUCCAGGAACUAGCUUUUAUGCAGUCUCGGUGAUAUUUUUCAGGAGUUGAACCUUGCAUCAUUUCAAGCAGAUUCUCAAUUUGACCUCAAUGCCAGAAGAGGUUUAUGACUAGUUGACCACACCUCUUUACUGAAACCAAGAAUAUCAGGCUGUCCCCCACUGAUUGGAAAGAUACCAGGAGGAAUGGGCGAGGAUUGGCAUAACUGUUCAUGUCACAACAUUUUGGAAGAAACUUUUUAUUAGGACAUGCAUAUGCUCAGCUUCUUUCAAUAUGUAAUAAUUAGAAUUCAGUCUCUCCCGUUAUGAUUCUUUUGAAACCAUUAGUUGUCAUAGAAGCAAACAAUAUUGUUAAGAAAGAUACUUAUUCAAGAAAUAUUGCUCAAUACACACUAUACUACCACGACAAUCAAGUGGAAUUACUUCA